GAGCCAUUAAAGAAAGGAAGGAGGGGAGAAAAAUCGUGUUUUCGGUCGCUGCCCGAGGAAUAAUUUUGCAGAAGGGUCCAUAUUUUUUCUCUCUGCUGCACCGGCGAGCGUUCGGGAUGGGAAGCGCAAUGUAGGCAGCUCGGCGGCGGCUACAUUGCGCCCUUCCUUCCUGGCCACAUUGUUCCCAAGCCAGGGCUUGGGGGAGGGGAUCUCCGCCUCCCCCCCUGUGGCGCCCCCCCCAACCACACUCCUGCCCAGCCCCCACCAGCCUUUCCUAGCGGAGGAGCCCCGCAAAGCUGCUGGAUCCCUCGAUUCUUGGGGACUGGGGGUGCCGAGUCCAGGGCCUCCCCUCCCCCCUUUUGCACACACGCACACGCACACACACCCCAGCCCCCCUCUCCUCCUUCUCCUGCUCCUCCGCCGCCUCCUCCAGCCGCCGCUUCUCCUGUGCCCGGGGCCGAUCCUUCGCUCUCCGGAAGCCUCCUUCGCUCGAUCGGCGCGCAGCAGCCGUCGUUUCCCCAUCACCACCACCACCACCCUCCUUAUUAUUAUCGAUAAUAUUGUUGUUGUUGUUGUCAGGAAGGGGGAGCCGAGCGCCUCUUCCCCACCCCCCUCCUCGCCUCUCCCCUCUCCCCGAGUUUGUGGAGGGUCAAGGGGGGGGCCGCGCAGCGCCGGGAAGGCCUGGGAGCGGGGCUGGGGGUUGCUUCGGAGUUGGCGACGGGCAGGAGGGCAGGGCAGGACCCGAUGGCUCGUCCGAGGCCCCGCGAAUACAAAGCUGGAGAUCUGGUUUUCGCCAAAAUGAAAGGCUACCCGCACUGGCCGGCUCGGAUUGACGAACUCCCUGAGGGAGCCGUGAAGCCUCCUGCAAAUAAGUACCCUAUCUUCUUUUUCGGGACUCAUGAAACUGCAUUUCUGGGGCCUAAAGAUCUCUUCCCAUACAAAGAAUAUAAAGACAAGUUUGGGAAAUCGAACAAACGAAAAGGAUUUAACGAAGGCCUGUGGGAAAUCGAAAACAACCCCGGUGUCAAGUUUACUGGAUACCAGGCAAUUCAGCAACAAAGUUCAUCAGAAACUGAGGGGGAAGGAGGGAAUACGGCAGACGCCAGCAGCGAGGAGGAAGGUGACCGGGUAGAAGAGGACGGGAAAGGCAAAAGAAAGAACGAAAAAGCGGGCUCAAAACGGAAAAAAUCCUACACUUCGAAGAAAUCUUCCAAGCAGUCACGGAAAUCUCCUGCAGAUGAAGAUGACAAGGACUGCAAAGAGGAAGAAAAUAAGAGCAGCUCCGAUGCUGGGGAAGCAGGCAACGACACAAGAAACACCUCUUCAGACUCGCAGAAAACUAGUGAAGGGACUUAACCAACAUAUUGACUGCUGCAUAUUAAGGGAAGACACAAGAA